AAAUUACAUCGAUUUUACUUUAAAUUUGGCAAAUAAUAACACCUCACGUGACUCCUCCUCCUCCUCCUCCUCCUCCUCCUCCUCCUCCCCCGAGGGCUGCAGCAAUUGCUCAAACUGUCGGGUUCUUGGACACGAGGGUCGAUCAUUUCAAGGUCACUCACUCACUCACUCACUCACUCACUCUUUCUCUCUCUCUCUCUCUCUCUCUCUCUCUCUCUCACACACACACACACACACACACACACACACACACACACACACACACACACACACACACACACACACUGAGCCUCCCCUACUCGUGCUGUGUAGGUGAAGAGAGGCAGAGGUGUCCACCCUUCGUCAGGAGGGAGGUGGAGGGUUAUGGUGACUCCUGCAGCAGCAGAAGGAGGAGGAGGAGGAGGAGGUGAAUGAAGCUUUAUGGUGUUGUGGUGUUGUGGUGUGCGGUGUAUUUCCUUCACAUGGCUGACAGUCGGUCUGUUGCAGCGCGGCGACGGCGGCGGCAGUGGCAGCGGCAGCAGCGGUGGCGGCAGCGGCCUCCUCAGUGAUGGGGGCGGCGGCCUGGCCCUCUCCACCUUCUCCCUGGCGCGAGUCCUGCAGAAUGCCGCGGAGGCCGAGGACGUGAGCCUGCUGACCACGCCCCUGCAGCCACCUGGCAUGGGCACGGAUGGGCUGACGUGUCCUUUCUGCGGGCGGCGGAGCAAGCGGCGGGACCACCUGCGUCUGCACAUCCGCACCCACACCGGCGAGAAGCCCUACCGCUGCCCCUACUGCGACAGACGCACCAACCAGAAGAACAACCUCAAGCUGCACAUCAGGAACGUGCACCCCGGCCAGCCCUUCCACGUGUGAACCCCGCCACCCGCCACACCACCACGCCCCACGCCCCACACCCCGCCGUGCCUCACACCCACGGCAUCACCUGUCUCGGGAACCUUGCUGCACCUCGGUAGUUUUGUGGCCAGGGCGUCUUCAGCGGGUUGUCUGUCUGUCUGUCUGUCUGUCUGUCUGUCUCACACCCACACAGCCGCUCACUCUGUCCACCGGGACCUGUCGUGACUCGUUGUGACCUGUAGGGGCUGCACUGGAGGUCACCUGUCUGAAUAUCUCACCCCACCACCCAUCACCACCCCAUCACCACCCCAUCACUGUCAACACCGCACCCCAUCACAUCCACAUCUCGCCACCCCUCACCCCUCCAGCCCACAUUAAUACGCGCACCCCAUCACACCCCCUCACCCAUGACAUCACUCCCAUCACCCCAUGCGCCCCCCACUCAUCACCCCCACUCUUUACAUUAAUAGAUGAUGUAUAUAUUUGUGUGUGUGUGUGUGUGUGUGUGUGUGUGUGUGUGUGUGUGUGUGUGUGUGUAAAUAAUUGACCUGUUUCACGCAAUUGUAUGUUUAGUGCGCACAUGUCCUUAGAGGGAAUUAUUAUUAUUAUUAUUAUUAUUAUUAUUAUUAUUAUUAUUAUUAUUAUUAUUAUUAUUUAUGUAUUUACUCAGUUUCUUCGUUUAUUGUUUAUUUCUUUUUUCAUUAAUUAAUUUCAUUUUUCAGUGUAUUUUGUAUU